AACAAUAUCAAAUAAUAGUUAAGUCAUGAUCAACAAUAAUCAAAAUUAUCAAUCGAUUUUAAUUUUGAUUUUGUUGCACAAAAAUCCGAUUGAAAAUCGUGAAAAUUUUUCACUGGGAUUGAAGCUUUUUCUUGACAUAAAUUGCAACCAAGAUCAGUUUUACCUUUUUAAAGUUAAAUCAAAUAAAACUAUGCUGCUAUUCUCAGCUGAGUAUGCGUCUCCUACUAAGCAAGAAAGGAACGAACUGAAAAAGGAGUACAGACAAUGGAAGCUCCUUCGAAACUUCGCAACUUUCUCCUUUCCAACAAUUUUGUUUUUUUGCAGAAAAUUUUAUUUUCGAUAUUGAGCGCAGCAGUGAUACGUAACAGAAGAAACAGCUAUCUUAGAAUAGGAAACCCCCUAGUUAUAGACAACUGCUGUUUGACGAAUUUUCUUAAGUUUGCAGAAGAGGACUCUUUAUGGGCAAGAAUCUCGUUUUUGCAGGCUUUUCGAUAUUUUUAGUGCAGUUUUGUCCAUUGAGAUGAAACAUUUCAACUUUUUCUCGACAAAACUUCAACUAUUCCGAGAAAAAACUUCGGAAAUUUUGGAAGCUUUGCUUAUACAAUUUCUAAGAGAAGUGUGAACAACAAAUAUUUAUGACCUAAGAAUGAGCACUGCUGACAAUAUCUAACGAGAUGAACUUUCAGCACCUACAGGUUUUCUUCUAAAAAAUAUUUCCAGUUUUAAAAUUAUUUCUUGGACACACUCUGUUUAUUUUGUUUUGGUAACGUCUUUUACACAUCUAAUUACCUCGAUUCACCAAAUGCAAUUCCUACUGUAAGUUCAGCGCAAUGGAAAGAUUACAGAGACAUUUUUUUGACGCAAUUGUUACGUGAAAAUGCACUUGUUAAAACUAUAAUUACUACUGAAUUUUCCCUCUUCAGUAAAUGACACUUUUUUGUAUUUCUUGGGAUACAUCAAUGUGAGAAAUUUGACAAAAUCAAAGAUGGUUUUAGCAAAACAUGAAUUUUCUAAAACUAAACUAGUGCUGCUGUUCUUCCCAGGUACUAAGCCAACGAACGUGAGGAAGACUUGGCCAUUCAUUGGCGACCAGGUUUUUCUUGGGUUUGUUGGCUCAUAAAUAAGAAGGAAACUCCAGAAACAAGAAUAAGUCAAAUUUUGGCCUUUAAUAUCUUCUAAGAUAUGAACCUUUUUUUGAAUAUGAGCCUGAUCAUUUCACUACCUCUAAUGUGCAGCAAGACUUUCGAAAGCUCUGCUACAAGAGAAGUCUUUAACAAAAGUGUGAGGUAUGGAGACACAACGGAAAUCCACGAUUCUCUACUCUGUUCAUCUCUUUACUCUUACAAAAUCAUAGAUGUAUAGAACAACUAAUUUCAAGGUCUUCUAACUAUUUGAUCUCUUCCAACACACAUUUCAUAAAUGCUGAAUAAACACUUGUUCGUCUUUCAAAACCAGUGACAAUUUCAGACAAGAUCAAUAUUAUCUGUUUACCAGGUCCUCAACCACACAAUGAGAAUGAAACCGUUUGGGUUGUUGGCUGGGGUACAACAGCAUUUCAAGGUCAAAUAAGUCCAAUUUUGAAGCAAACAUCGUUGCAUACAAUGUCAAAUCGUUGUGGAAAGAUCUUUCGUUAUUUUAAUAAUCAGAAAGAAAUGUGUGCUGGUGCUCACGGUGGAGAACGUGAUACAUGUCAAGGUGAUUCAGGAGGACCAUUGAUGCACGAAUCAAACGGACAAUGUUAUGGUCAUGAAUGUUCUCUAGAUGGAUAUCCUGGUGUCUACGCUCGUGUUAGUUAUUAUCUUCCGUGGAUCAAGAGUAAAAUGAGUGUAGCUUAA